AUGGAACAGCCAGAAGCCGAUGAGCAUAUAGCGCGUCUUAAUCAAGCUCGCGACAUUGUCAAAGAGGAUGAAAGCCUUUUCCCCGAUAUUGUAAAAAACAUUCUUUCUGUUGCAAAUUAUUCGGACUUGAGGUUUAAAAAAUGGAUGUCGAGUUUUCUAUGGUUUGGGUUUUCUAGUAAAAGGGUCGACUUUGAUCAAAAGGUUGAAUUGGCUGUUGCUUGCUUGGAAACAAUAAGUACUCUUCUUUCUUUCGAUAAUGAUGAAGUGAAAAAGGACAUAAUCUUGUGCUCUUGCACUCUGUACCCACUUGUUUUCUUUCACUGCUGUACAUGUCCAGACGAUACUCAGUCAUGGGAAGCAAUUUCAAAAAUAAAGCAGGAAAUUUUAUCUUUGUUCGAUUCUUCUACCAAUCAUCUGAAAAUUUCAUGCAUUAAAUUCAUCUCUACUGUCAUUCUAGCCCAGUCAUCCGGUAUUAGAGAUCCUCGUUUAGUUACAAAGUCGGAUGUAUCCCUUUCUAAGGUCCCUACAAAUCAUCCUUUUUUGAACCCUACUACUUUGAAACAAGAAUCUUUUGACCUUUUCCAAAAACUGUUUACUGUGUUUUCAUCCAAGACCCUAAGCCCUCUUUUUAUUACGAGUGUGCUCAAUGUGCUUCCAGUAAUUGCAAACAGGAGGAAGGAGCUUGGUCCCACUAUCAUUGAAAAUUUGUUGCAGUUUCACUUGCCUAAUCCCAAGGAAGCUAGUGACGAGUCCGCUACAUUGGACAAGCUUGCUCGUCGUUGUAUUGAGAAAAACCUGAAAGUUACGUUGCUUCAUUUGACGAAAAAUGCUGGAAUUUCUUCUUCUCUUAUUGAAAAAAUACACGCUUAUCUUUCAGGGCAAAUUUAUCAGAACAAAACAGAGGACCAUGCAAAGAAGCGACAAGCUUCAGCACCAGACUUCAUUUCUUCAAAACGUGCCAAGUCUUCUGCGGUGCAAAGUUUAAUGGACAGGAUACAGCCUCGUGAGCUUGAAGAAGAUAGUGCCGCUUUGAAUAAUCCUUUAGUCAAUAUCUUUGCGUCGCAAGCAGCUACCAACCCUUUGGCUAGUUUCGAUGUGACAGCAAUUCCGGUGGAAGUUGUAACUGAGAUUGUGCUGGCUUGUCUUCGUCAGUUAGAUAAUGAUUACUUUCAUCAACAAAUUAAUAUGCUUCGUGAACGAGUUCGUUCUUUAUCUGAGCCUGAAACACUGGGAUUGGAUCAAGAAGUUGACGAAGAAGAAGAUGAUGAUUAUGAACCUCCUGAAGUUGACGUUCAGACGAUUAAUGCAAGCGUCGAAAGAGAAGCAGCUAGAUUUGAGGGCGUUACUCCUUCGGUUGUCAAUACGGAUACUUAUGAACUACCGACGUCGGAAACUCUUUCACCUAUGGCAGUAUUGGAAUACUUCCACAGUUCCCUGUCACGUCUCUUUGACUAUUCAUCACAGUUUGAAAGAACUAUUGUAUCUUCAUCAAAUCUACAAAAUCUCACAUUAGAGAAUGUUGACAAUACUGUUUGGGAUAAACAUCAUUGGUCUAUUCUUCUACCAAGAUUGUGCACUCGAGGAUUGAAUAAUUAUCAACCCGCCAACCCAGAUGAACAGCAAGGAGAGAGUUCAUUUACUUUGUCGUCCUUCGUACGAGGACAAUUAUUUACGUACAUAGCUUCAAACUGGAGAGCAUGUACCAACUUAACGUUGAAUUGGCUUUCGGAAGAAUGGUAUAAUGAUCGUCUUAUGAAGGAGAACGAAAAGAAUGAAGAAAGUUCUGUCAAAUGGGAAGGGCCGCAAUAUGAAAGAUGGGCUUUGCGCAUAAUUGACAGCGUACUUCCUUAUCUUGAAAUGAAAGACAAAGUGUUUAUGAUUUUCCUGUCAGAAUUGCCUGAGCUUACGGACGCGAUGAUUGAAAAGGUAAAAUUUAUAUGUCUCGACCCUGACAAAUCGAAACUGGGAUUUAUGACUUUACAAUAUCUAAUUAAGUUUCGGUUACCAGCGAGAAACCAAUGCUUAGAUUUGUUACAAAAAAUGUGGUGGGAAAAUGAGGAUGUUCGCAAAUCUGCGCAAACAUUAUUAGAACGAUGGCGACCUGGUUUUGUCAAAUCAGCAUCCGAAGAGUUGUCUCAGUCAAAUUCGCAACCUGCAGACGGGGAAUCGAAACCCUCUGAGGAAGUUGGUGCUUAA